UAUCCAUACUGGAUGAUGAAUUUGAACCUAAAUUGGAAGGAAAUGAGACGUUUGAAGUGUUUUUGAGUUCUGCUAUGGGUAGUACUCUGGCUGAGCCGUAUAUUGCAACUGUGGUGGUUUCAGAUAAAACAUUAGAUGUACCAAAAAUGGGUUUUGUUCAAGAAUCUUACGUGGUAGAUGAAUCGAAUAAAACUCUUAAUGCCACCAUCAUGAGGACUGGAGACUUGAGCUACCAGUCAUCUGUGAUUUGUUUUACCAGACAGAAAACAGCCCAGGUUAUGAUGGAUUAUGGGGAACGUGUUCGUGGAGAGAGUUCAAGAAUUGUUUUUCUACCAGGAGAAAGGAUUAAGAAUUGUACAGUAGAAAUUGUGAAAGAUGGAGAAUUUGAGGAAGAAGAAAAGUUUCUACUACGUUUGACCUUACCAGAAAGCUCAGAUGACUUUGGAGCUGGAUUAGGUGCAAUCAAUAAAACAGUUGUUACAAUCACAAACCAUAACGAUGUACCAACGUUAGAGUUUGAAGAAUUGGCGUAUAGUAUUAACGAACCUAGUGUUGUUGAUCAGAUUGCCACGGUUACAGUCAAGGUCAAGAGGUCAGGAGAUGUUAAUCAUACGUCAAGUGUACGAGUCAGUACGAGAGAUGGAUCAGCGCAAUCAGGAUUAGAUUAUAAUCCUAAAAGUCUGGUCGUCAGGUUUCCUCCAGGAUUGAGAGAAGUAGAAUUUCCUGUUGAUAUUUUAUAUAACAGUGAUAUUGAGUGGCAUGAAUCAUUUACAAUUCAACUCGGCCCACCAGAUGGUGCUGUACUCGGUCCAAUCAAAGUUACAUCUAUAACAAUACUGGACGAUGAAGUCUCCGGUAGUCUCAUUUUACCAGCUCCACCAAUGGUUGUAUCGUUGUUACAUUAUGAUGAUGCUGAGCAAGGAAUUAAAAUAAAUCCAUCUCCAGGUUAUCCUCUUGUCUGUGUGUCUCCUUGUGACCAUCGUCAUCCAGCCUAUCACACAACUCAUUCCCUCUGUCAAGAAUCUGGUAUCAACCAAUCAACAAUCAUCUACAACUGGGAGGUUGCCAUGCCAACAGAUCACCAUGGAGUCAGGCCACCAUUUGUGAGAGUAGCAGAUAAUACUCUAUUUACAAGUACCGAUCGCAUGGUGUUGGACAGUAUUUAUUUCCGCCCUAAAUUCAAUCUUCGAUGCGUAGCUCAACCAGUUCACAACAACGGGAACCUUGGUGUUCCACUGAAAUCUAAACCGGUUACGAUUGGUCUCGAUAACGGAAUUUGCAAAUCACCCGUCUUUGGACCUAAUCCCUAUGGUUACCAAGCUCAGUCGUUUCUAGCAAAUCUUGAAUAUCUCCAACCAGAUGAUAUAGAUCAUCCAAACACUAUCCAUAUCUCCGUGGAAAUACCUCACUCUGAUGGGAUGCUUCCAUUAAUCUCUACUUUCCCUUUACAUAAUCUACGAUUUCUAUUGGCUGAUCCAGUAUACCGUCAACAACAUGUCUGCUCUAAUAUCAUAACAGAGAUAGAGAGGGCGCCACUCAUAGCAGAUGGUUUCCUUGGUGAUCAGAACGAAGACCACCCACAGCCGUUUGGAGCAGGGUAUGACUUUCCGUUUCAGUUUGACGACACCUUACGAGAAAAGAAAACCUUAAAUCUGUAUCGUCAUUUAAAUUUAAAAUCGUGUACGUGGAAAUUCGAUGCUUGGUAUCACAUGACUGAUUUGGUGGACAUCUGUGGUGGACGUGUUAUUUCCGAUUUUGAGGUCAAGGACACUGGGAAGACACAUCUUACUGCCCGAGUACCCUUGUUCGUGUCUUAUCUAUAUGCCACUGCUCCGGUUGGAUGGGGUUCCUUGGAGCAUCGUACAGAGAUGGAUUUCUCAUUCUACUAUGACGCCAUCUUGUGGCAUUCUGGUUUAGAAACAGAAGGACAUCUUGGUGGGAAACUUCAAAUUUUACGAAUUCAGAUUGGAGAAGAUGGAAAACUUGUUAUUGAUUUUAAGACAAAGGCCAAGUACAGAGGAUUGUUUGUUUUACGACACCAGACAUUGAAAGGUUUUGAAAGUUAUGUUGCUCCUCCAGAUGACCUUGGUGUAUCAUUUGACCUUGAACUAUUGUGGAGUCAAGCUACGUUUGACAGUCCGUAUCAGUUAUGGCGAGCAACCAGUAAUUACAAUCUCAAGGAUUAUACAGGGUUAUAUGAAAUUAACUUGAUUCCUUGUAAAGUGAAAUCAUCUCAGAAAUAUGUGACAGGUGAUGUUAUACCUUGUACAGGUGAACAACCACAAAGGUUUGAGGUUCCAAUCGCAUUUCAGCAGACCAAUCGCCCCGUACCUGUUGUUUACUCUCUAAAUACAGACUUUCAACUCGCCAACAAUCGUAAAAUGUUUUUACUGGAUCCAAAAACUGAUAUGAUGGAGGCAGAAGACUGGGAAUUUAAUGGUUCAUUCUUGCCAGGAGAGAAAAUAUACGGUCGUGUUUUAUGGAAUCCUGAUCAAGAUCUGAAAUCUGCAUAUAAUCUGGGCAUACAGAAGGUCUAUCUUUGUACUGGGGCCGAUGGCUACAUUCCAACCUAUGACCCUGAUGGAGAAAUUUAUAACAAUGGACCUCAAUUUGGAUGUUUACAACCCAACAAGAAACUUAAACACAGAUUUCUGAUUUUGGCAAGUAUCUUGAUUCAAUCUAUUAGAAUAGAACAUGGUUUUAUAAAACAAGUGGCGUAG